UGUAAGCGUUGUAUUCAGAGCGGCCAGCGCUACACAACACAACACAACACUGCGCUACAAACUGCGCCGUGCGACACGAGAGGACCGCAGAGGAGCCGCGGACAGCAGCCAGCGCAGCGCGGGAAGAUGAAGCACAGCUCGAGCGUGCCCGCGUUCCUCACGAAGCUGUGGACGCUGGUGGAGGACGCCGACACGAGCGAGCUCAUCUGCUGGAGCCAGGAGGGGAACAGCUUCCUGGUCCUGGAUGAGCAGCGCUUCGCUAAAGAGAUCCUCCCAAAGUUCUUCAAGCACAACAACAUGGCCAGCUUCAUCCGGCAGCUCAACAUGUAUGGCUUCCGUAAGGUGAUGCAGAUUGACACCGGCAUGGUGAAGCAGGAGCGAGACGGUCCGGUGGAGUUCCAGCACCCCUACUUCAAACACGGACAGGAUGACCUGCUGGAAAACAUCAAGAGGAAGGUGUCCAACAGCCGUCCGGAGGACAGUAAGCUCCGGCAGGAGGACCUGACCAAGAUCCUGGCCACGGUUCAGAGCGUUCACAGCAAGCAGGAGAGCAUCGACGCCCGGCUGGCCACCCUGAAGAGAGAGAACGAGGGGCUGUGGAGGGAGAUCUCCGACCUGAGACAGAAACACUCCCACCAGCAGCAGCUCAUCAAGAAGCUGAUUCAGUUCAUCGUCACUCUGGUACAGAACAACCGCAUCCUCAACCUGAAACGCAAAAGGCCCAUCCUCAUGAAUAGCAACGGAAAGAAGCCCAAAUACAUUCAUCCCGUCUACGAUGACAAGGCGUCUGCCAGCAGCCUGCAGGGCGUCGGCUGCUCCGAGCUGUCGGAGGACGUCAUCAUCUGUAACCUGAGCGACGGCGAGGCGGCGGCGGCGGAGAUCACAGAGGAAUCCCCCCGAGCCUUCGACCUGAGCGACGCCGAGAUCGUGGAGGUGGAGGUGGGCGGCUGCACGCCGCCGCCGCCGCCGGCCGAGGCGGAGCCCGGCGCCAGGAGCACGGAGGAGGAGGACGGCGGCCAGAGGAGCGGCGCCGCGGAGGACCGGGCGCCCAGCGGCGCCCUGCAGCUCAACAAGGCCUCGGGCCUGAGCCUGGAAGACCCCAUGAAGAUGAUGGACUCCAUCCUGAGCGAGAACGGAGCCAUUUCUCAGAACAUCAACCUGCUGGGGAAGGUGGAGCUGAUGGACUACCUGGACAGUAUCGACUGCAGUCUGGAGGACUUUCAGGCCAUGCUGUACGGGAAACAGUUCAGCUCGGACUUCGACGUGGUGGAGGAGAGCAUUCCCUCCAGAGAAAACUCGGCAGCCCAGCUGAGCAGAGGCAGGACGGAGGAGGACAACACAGAUAAGCAGCUGAUCCAGUACACGUGCUGCCCCCUGCUGGCCCUGCUGGACGGCUGCACGACUCCCGCAGAGCUGGACGGUAGCGGCGGCGGCGGCUUUUCCUCCUCCUCCGCCCCGUCCAUGUCCGACCCGUCGGCCGGCGUGGAGGCGGAGCUGCCGGCGGAGCUGCUGGACGGCGGUCUGGAGGCCCGGCAGCCGGGCCGCAGCUCGCUGGUCCGCCUGGAGCCGCUGACGGAGGCGCAGGCCAGCGAGGAGACGCUCUUCUACCUGUGUGAACUGAGUCCGGCCGAGGCCGAGCCGGGCCAGCUGAGCAGAGUGUGACGCCGCUCCGCCCCGCCGCUGUUCCGGGCGGACGAAGAGAAGCUUCACUUUUCACAGAUUUUAUAUGAAAGACUUUGGCACUGCAGUGCAGCAGUUACUCUUGUUCUCGUCAAAUAUGCGAAUAAUUUAAUGUUGUGUGUGUCAGGCCUUCACCCCUUCACCCUGAAAUAAAUGUUCUC